AUACCUCUUAACUGUUCAUGAGCCGUCAGAGUGGACAAACCUUUUUAGACGCCACUGGAUGAAACGAAGAUUCGCAGCCUCUUUCCUCUGAACUUUCCCGGAAGCCUCUCGACCUGGAAAACGAUUCAAUUUUCCCGCUUUCUCUUUCCCUUUCGCCUUUUCCCCUUUCUCCUUUCUUCUCUCUCUUUUCGAAUCCACGAGAGAAUACUGUCGGACUGCUCGUAUAGCUCGUUUUUUUUGUUUUGGAUCGGAUCAGAUCUGUUCUCGUGAUCUGAAUCGAGGGACCGUUCGGAAGCAGAGAAAAUGCAAACUAGGUACAUGGAGAGGUCCAACAGCAUGGCGAGGGAGAAGCGGGCUCUGGAUCCGACUGCCAGUGAAGAAGGUCAGCGCGACCGGAAACGGCCUGCUCUUGCUAGUGUCAUUGUUGAAGCUCUCAAGGUGGAUAGUCUGCAGAAACUUUGUUCAUCACUGGAGCCAAUUCUUCGGAGAGUUGUUAGUGAAGAGGUGGAGCGUGCUUUGGCAAAGUUGCACCCUGCUAAACUUAAUGCGAGGGCAUCUCCUAAACGAAUAGAAGGGCCAGAUGGGAGAAACUUGCAGCUUCACUUCAGGUCCAGGUUGUCGCUCCCACUCUUUACGGGAGGCAAAGUAGAAGGCGAGCAGGGUGCUGCAAUCCACAUUGUUUUGCUUGAUGUGAACACAGGUCAUGUUGUGAUAUCAGGUCCAGAGUCUUCAGCAAAACUUGAUGUGGUUGUGCUUGAAGGCGAUUUCAAUAAUGAAGAUGAAGAAGGCUGGAGUCAAGAAGACUUUGAGUCGCACAUAGUGAAAGAGCGUGAAGGAAAAAGGCCUCUUCUGACUGGGGAUUUGCAAGUGAUUUUGAAGGAAGGUGUAGGAACCCUGGGAGAUCUUACAUUUACUGACAACUCUAGCUGGAUAAGGAGCAGGAAGUUCAGAUUGGGUCUAAAGGUCACCUCAGGCUGUUGUGAAGGCAUUCGUAUUCGUGAGGCAAAAACGGAUGCCUUCACUGUCAAGGAUCACAGAGGAGAAUUAUACAAGAAGCACUAUCCACCUGCAUUAAGUGACGACGUUUGGAGACUAGAGAAGAUUGGCAAAGAUGGAUCAUUUCACAAGAGGCUUAAUAAAGCUGGAAUAUAUACAGUUGAAGACUUCCUAAGGCUUAUAGUGAGAGACUCUCAGAGACUAAGAAAUAUACUGGGAAGUGGCAUGUCGAAUAAGAUGUGGGAAGUCCUUUUAGAGCACGCUAAGACUUGUGUUCUAAGUGGGAAACUUUAUGUUUACUACUCUGAUGAUAUCAGGAAUGUUGGUGUUGUUUUUAACAACAUCUAUGAAUUAAGUGGCUUGAUUGCUGGCGGGCAAUAUUGUUCAGUUGAUUCUCUUUCGGAUAGUCAGAAGGUCUUUGUGGAUAGCUUGGUGAAGAAGGCCUAUGACAAUUGGAUGCAUGUUAUAGAGUAUGAUGGCAAGUCUCUUUUAGGCUUCAAGCAGAAUCAGAACUCUGUUGCUUCUCAGAGUGACAUUACAGUGGGCCCACAAGAUUAUUCCAACUCCUUUGAUUCUCAGCUCGCACUACCAAGCCUUUCAGCAGCAAUUCCUCAGCAGCACUCUAUGAAUCCAGUCCUCACUGUAGGAGGACAUGAUGUCAGUAACCAGUACCCAACACAGUCGCAGAAUGUGAAUCUCAAUGCUCCUAUCCAGUUCGACAGCACUUCAUUUCCUCUUCACAACCAGCUGAUCAGUACUUCGCUACAAACCCAGCCUCCCAGAAGUGACAACGCGUUAGCCCUGGGUCAACCAGAGUCAUCCAUGUCAAGCUUCCAGACUGGUGGCACAUCAAAUUUCAGUUCUUAUAGGGGACUUGAGGACUUCUUCCCGGAGGAAGAGAUUCGCAUGAGAAGUCAUGAGAUGCUAGAAAACGAAGACAUGCAGCAUCUACUUCGUAUUUUCAACAUGGGUGGCCAUGGUCAAGGUCAUGCCUCUGUUAGCACAUCUAACAAUGGCUACUCUUACCCAUCUGCAGCAUUUAUGCCCAACCAAUCUUCAAACUAUGUGUUUGAUGAUGACCGGACACGUUCCUCAGGCAAAGCCGUUGUUGGGUGGUUGAAGCUCAAGGCAGCUCUUAGGUGGGGCAUAUUCAUCAGGAAGAAAGCUGCCGAGAGGCGGGCUCAUCUUGUUGAGUUGGAUGAUUUAUAGACAUGGGGUUUGUAUCCAUGGGCAAGGGAUCCUCUAUUCAAGGUUGCUUCUCCAACUGUCCGAAGGCACUCCCGCCACACCGUGAGGCUGGGUUUUUGUAUUUAUGGGCAAGGGAUCCUCUGUUUGCGUUACGAUGAAGCGUUUCAGGAUACCAUUCUGCAUCUUCUGAAUGACCAACGGUCGUCUGGUAUCUCUUAAAUGGGAUGGAGUUUUUUCGUCCUUUUUGAUAUUUAAUCACCUUUCGGUUCAUUUUUUUUACUUUUCUGGUUCUUGAUGAGAGUAACUGGUAAAGUGGGGAGAAAAGAUGUUGCAUAUUUGAAAAAAAGCCUGCUGGAGAUAAAAGUAAGCCUUACUUAGACUUAGUUUUGUCUUCAGUAAUCUUUUUUCAAAUUUGAUCAUAGGUUUUUCCUUUCUAUCUUUUUCCAGUUUCUCUCAUCGAGACAAGCUGGAGAAGUGAAAUAAAACUAACUGAAAGGUGGUAAAUGUUCACAAGAUACGAAAAAUUAUCAGUGAGAAGCUGACUUUUGUAAACAUCGCCAUUAGGUACAGAUUCCUGUUAAGACUCGGAAUUAAUGUAGUAUCGGGAGGACCAUGGAAGUCUGAAAAUUUAGAAUGGCCUCUUUCUCAUUUGCCGUCAUAUUUUUCAUGGUAGAAGCAGGGGCAACUUUCUCCUCUAUCUGUUGUACCUUAUUCUUUUUUGUUUUUGGGUGGAGAUUGUGCCUUGCUAUCGUAGCGUGCUUACACAAUAAUCGCCAUCGGUGUUGUAUGUUUGUAACAGUAAGACUGAACUGGUAGCAGUGCUGAUUUGAUUGUAUAAUUUGCUAGUAUGAUUUGAUGAGGACAGUGGCUUAGUAUUAUGAACGUGUUUUGUUGUA